GUGUCGGCUCCUCCGCAGCCCACAGUGCUCAUGCUCCAGCGGCCGAACCCGACACCGCCAACAACACAAGUGCCAGCAUGGCAGCGAAGCACUUCUACCGACAGGGCUUUUUACUACUUUUAUUCAAUUUUAUCUCGACGGCGGCCCUGGAGAAACGCUUCUCCGACCUGAAGAGAUGCGCGGACGAGGAGUGCAGCAUGCUGCUGUGUCGGGGGAAAGCAUUGAGAGAUUUCUCGCCACCGGAUUGUCGAUUCCUGUCCUUUAAGAAAUCAGAAACUAUCUAUGUUUACUACAAACUUGCAGGCAGAAGGAAUGACAUGUGGGCAGGAAGUGUUGGAAAUAUCUUUGGCUAUUUCCCAAAGGACCUUCUUGCAGUUAACCACCUUUAUACAGAUAAAGAAGUCGAACUUCCAGCAGAGGAAACAGAUUUUGUCUGUUUUGACACUGGAUUAGAUAAGUUUGACAAUUAUGACAUAGAUGCACUCUUACCCUCCUUAGAGGAGGAGAAUAGCAGAGCAAGUAGGGAAACGUCUGACCAAAUCCAAGUGGCGGAGGACACUCCAAAAGAAACACAGCCAUAUGAAGAAGAAGGAGAAGAAGAGCAGACUGAAAAACAAACUGAGCAGCAAGAGAAUGUAGAUCAUCUUUAUCCUGAUGAUCAAAAUGCCUCUUUACCUGAGCCUUAUGUGGAAAAUGAAUUGCCUCCUAUAGAAGUAGAAUCUGAUACAACAGUAACACCUGAUUUUAUUGAAACAGCUGAAGGAGUUGAGCAAGUAAAACUACAUGAGUCUGUUCUUGAAAAUGUUGUGUCAGAGAGGAGCGAACCCAAAGAUACACUCGCAAAUCCUGAAGUGGAAUCUGUGACCAAAGACGAGUUUGUUCCCGAAACGGAAGCAGUCUCGGUUACUGAGGGAACGCAAAUCCCAGAGUUGAAGACUACCCUGGGAGAAACUGUUGAUGCCAUCGUUACUGGUGAAGAAAUCACUAAGAGAGUUACACCGUUUGAAGAAGAAGAGGAGGAAAACCAAGAGGUGGACGGUAACUCCAAAGAAAACGUUGAUGUUAUACAAGACACUCCAUUACUGUCUUUCACUGAAAAAGCCAUGAACACUCCAGCACCUGAUUCCCUCCAAGAACAUGAAGCUCCUCCAGUACCACACAAAGAUGAACCUCAAGCUGCUGAGAAGAAGAACAUGUGGACGUCGCUUGGAGAUGCAGUCUUUUCAGUUGUAACGGGGGGAGAGAUGACAGCACAAGAUGUGAGUUCGGACGAAGAUGAUGAUGAGGACGAAGAAGAGGAAGAAGCAGGUGCUGCAGAACCCACUGAGGAUUUUGAGGAAGCAAAAAAAGAUGUCGAAGAACCACUGAUUACAGAAUCUCCCGAAGAGCCUGAAAUCAUAGAGCAAGUUCUUCAAGAUCCUCCUGCUUCCAGCUCUGUACAGACAGAUAAAGAAAUAAUCAGUGAUUCUGAGGAACCUUUUUUGGAUAGUGAUGAUGAGGGUGAAGUAGAAGUGAUCGAACAUGAGGAAGAAAAGGAUGAAACAUUAAAACCUUCAGCUGAUACACCACAGAUACGACACCCGACAGGAGUAAAGAAAUUAUCAGAUAUUUUAUUGUCACAAAGAGAUACCUCUGCCAAUAAUGAAAUCGAAAAAUCUGAGAUUAAAACAACAGAUGAAACCAUUAAGCACAAAGAAGAGGAAGUGCAGGAGGUGUCCAAAGAUUCUGGAGUCAUUGAAGAUGUACAGGACAGUAGCAUUGAAAUGGAGAAUAGACUGGAUUUGGACAAUGUGCCAGAAGAAAACAAGACAGAGGACGAUCUUGUAUUUGUCACUACAGAAACUGGAACUCAUCAGAUCCUUCCCAAUAAAGAGUCGAGGGAUUUAGAUGUCGAAGACGACAUCAAGACAGCAGACGACAGCUUACCUGAUCGAAUGCAUGAAGAUUUAAUGGCAGAUCUUAAGAAGCAUAUCCGUCAACUACAUUUAUCUGAACCACAGAUUCAUGAGGAACCACAUACAGAGGAGCUGGAGGGAGAAAAACCUGCAGAGCUGGAGGAAGAAAAACCUGCAGAGCUGGAGGAAGAAAAACCUGCAGAGCUGGAGGAAGAAACACCUGCAGAGCUGGAGGAAGAAAUCGUUGUGGUGAAAGAAGAAUUACUUGAAGAUGAAAAUGCACUUCCGUCCGAACAAUCAGAUAACACCGACUCUGACGAACCUGCUCUUGAACCAGAAACUCUGCCCACUGUAGAGCCAGUGUACAGCGACAGCGUGAUGAGACUGACGCUACUGCGAGGCCGCUUCUCAGAAAAAUACAUGUUGCGGUUCCAAAGGCUUCUGGGCCUCAAGAAUCUCUUCAAAGUGGAAGCCAUGUUCUCUGAUCUGGACACAGAGUUGCAGGCCACCCGUCGGUCAGAUUCCGGCACGACACAAGACAUAGAAAGUGCUCUAGAGGAAAUCCUUGAAGCCUCGGAAACAACCAUCUUGGACGAGAUUGAGAAGAUGCUGGACGGACAGAAUGCAACAAAUGUUCAGGACCCAUCUGAGGACACGAGUAGUGAGGAUGAGGAGACUGAAAUACUGGAUGACUUCCAGGAGCUUGCAUUCAGUUUACGACAGAAGUAUUCAACCGCCAGUGACAGCACACCUUUAGCAGCAGAUAUUGACCAGGAUGGACAUGAAUUGAAUGUUACUGAGGAAACACUCCCCAUUGUUGAGGAGGAAAAGGUUGACACGGUUCCUGAGGCGGAGAGAGAGCAAGAAAACAUCACAGUAACAGAUCGGGAGGACAGAGCAGUAGUGACUGAGGAGGAGCAGAUAGUUUUGGAUGAGGUGCACUCUGAACCCAAAGUCAGCGUGGAGGAGGAGGGUGGACAUUUUAAUAAAAAUAAAGACAAUCAGCCAGGAUUCAUUUCAUCAGAUGACAUGCAGAAGGUCCCUGAAGCCGCUCUGGAAAAUCCUUUAGACGUGGGCGUUGGUGUAGAGGUGGAGCCCUCGCCCGCAGGAUCUUUGGAGCCAUUGGAUCCGGUGUCUGAAAAUAAAGAAGCAGAAGUAGGAUUAUUCUCAACUGGAUUAUUUUACACGGGCUGCAUCCUUUCUAUCGCAAGCAGUAAAAUUGUUGAGUGGACAAUUGUGAUGAUUUCACUUUUGCCAGAUGAGUGGAAGCCGGGGGAGACGUUGUAUGGAUGUCCCUGGCAAGCAGUGGUCUUCACUGCUUUGGUCGGAGUUGUGACCUUCACCAUCUUCUUCUGGAGAACUGUGUUGGCAGUAAAAUCAAGAGAAUACCUUGUGGAUGAAAAAAGGCUCACAGAGCAAAUCCAGGCUCUCAAAAAAGAGAAAAACGAGUCUCUCACCAAGAUGUCUGAGCUCCAGAAGCAGACUGAGAAUCUGAAAGAGCAUCAAAAGCAGUCAAAGGAAACAGUCGGUUCUACAAUGAAAAGGAUGCAACACCUGGAGAGUAAAGUUUUGGAGGCAGAAUCACGAAACAAGCGGAUGGCUGAUGAAAAUAAUUCAUAUCUUAAACAAAUCGAAGAGGAGCGGACACACUCUAAGGAAUAUGAAACCAGGAUCGAGAAACUGGAGAAGUCAAAUGAGAAGCUGCAGCUCAGCAGGAAAAAGCUCCAAGAAACGCUCUCGAAGACUUCUGUUCUCCUUGAUGAAGCCAAGAUUCGUGAAGAUGCCAAAAAAGUUCAGCACAAAUGUCUUGGGAAAGAUUACGCAGCUCUCAAAGAAGAGAACAAGACGUUUAAGACGACUAUAAAGAGCUGGGAGGACAAACACAAGGAGCUGAGUGAGCAGAUUAAAAGUUAUCAAAAGUCCCAGAAGGAGCUGGAGGACUCUGUGGUGCUCAAAGAUCACAACGUGGAGGUGCUGUCUGAACUUCUGGCAGAUUUAGACGCUUGCGAGCUACAAAAAGGUGAAACCAAAGUUUUAGCCAAUGGUGAAAUAGCAUCUGAUAAGAAAACAGUCGUAAAGAACAGAAUCAAACAGAUGAUGGAUGUUUCCCGGGUGCAGACCACUCUCACAGUAGUUGAAGAAGAGCGAGAUCGCUUCAUGACUAAACUACUGACCGAAGAAAUGACAAGAAAGUCACUGGAAGAACAACACCAGGAGCUGGAACAUUCAAUUGCAACUUUAAAAAGCGACAAGAGCCACGUUGAAAACCAGUUCAAGAUCCUCCAGCAGAAAAAUGAAAUCAUGGUUGAAAUGUACCAACAGAAGGAAAAUGCUCUACAGCAGAAAUUGACGAAGGAGGAGCUGGAGCGACGCAGCAAAGAGAGUCUGCUCUCGGAGGUUGGAGGAAAAGCUGUGGAGGCCGAAGAGCAGGUCAAACUUUUGAGGAACCGCAUUAAUGAAAUGGAGGACCAGAUGAAGAAGACGGAGGACGUCUACAAAGAGCAGAUAAAAGAGCAGGAAAAUAAAACUCACUCAAACUGGGUGAAUGCUCGGAAUGCAGAGAGAGCUCUGAAUCAGGAGAAGGUCGAAUCAUCAAAGCUCCGUGAAAAGUUGGCUGUUUUAUCUUCGCAGCUGAAUGAGCGUCGUGCUCCUCUCUUCAGACCAAACCCCGGACAAGCCGCAGUUCCUCGCCAAGGUGACUCAUACGGGCCCUCGCCUGUGAGUGGGGGUGCACCAUCCCCUCCAAUAAUGAUAGAGGGUCCCAGACGCCCUCCCUCUGCCCCCGUGGGGCGAAGAAUUGACCCGUAUGGCUCUCGACCUCCAUCAGAUCCUCACGGCCGUUACGCUGAGCACAAACACAUCUCCGGGAUGGACCUGAUGGGUCCCCGCAGCUCAUCGCCCUCCAACAUGGAUGGACCUACACAAGCAGUAGAUCCACAGGUUAAAGCAGAGACUCAGGCUGAGGCCUCCACAGAGAGUCCAGAGCCAGGACCUGGAUCCUUCAUAGCGUCUCCAAUCAGGGACUCGCCUGGUCCCAUGAUCCAAGGACCUGGGCCUGGACCCCAUGACCCGCACCUCCCUCCCGGACCCCAUAUGCAACCACCUGGGCCUUACAGACACCCGCGGCCCGGCCCCUACCACCUGCCGCCUGGUCCUCUUCCUCCAAACCUACCUCCUCUUCACAGGCAUCCACUACCAGCUAAUGGACACCCAGGUAUGCCUGGACCAAUGGGAGGAGACUUUGGGCCUCGUCCCGCCAACGGACACGCGUUCCACACCAGGCCCGGCCCAGGUCAUCCCAUGGAUCCUAGGGGUCCACUACCACCGCAUUUCCGUCCUCCUCCGCCUCAUCACUUUGGACCAAUGCCUCCACCACACGGUGUCCGAGGGCCCAUUGGACCACGUCCACCUUUCCAUCCUGACAUGCGCUUCCCAGGACCACGUGACCACAUCAAUCCACCAAUGGACCUGCACCCAGGUAUCCCGCCCCAUCCUGCACAUCCUGGUGAUGCUUUCGGUCAGGCUCCACCCCAUGCCCUCCACAACUCAGCGGGCGCUCCCAGCGGCCCUGGGCUCGACCCGCGCAUGAGGCCGGACGCCCCACAGGACUCAGCAAGGCCAGCAAUGGCCCAGCCUUAAAAAUGCCAGCUGAGGCAGAGAACUUGAAUUCCUCAUUACCCCCAAACGCAUCACGUCACAAACCAGAUCAUGAUUAUUUUACAUAUUUCAAUUAAUGAAAUCCAAUACAAAAUUUAAAACUGCAAUCAUGUUUAUUUAAAAAAAAAUAUAUAUGGUCUUUGUAUUAAAACAAGAAUUGUAUGAAAUUGAUUUAAGAUGAAAGGGUUGCCACUGUUCUAAAGAACUUAUUGUGCAAUAACAGUUUAUUAAAUGCCAGAAACUUUCAUUUGUGUUUAUCUUUUAGAAAAAUGGCAGUGAUUUUUUUUUUUUAAGGGGCAAAUUGUUUAAAAUGUCAUUUCCUGUGGAAAUUAUUUUAUGAAAAGGAAAAAAGGAGAGAUUUUAGCCUCUAGCAUUUCGGGAAAAGAACAAUUUCCCCAAAGCUGUUGCUUUAGAACGAACUGUAAAGCAAUGUGUAAUUUGAUGGCCAGAUGUAUAACUUAUUUUACUAUGUUGGUAGAACUUUAUUAAUAAAGAAUGGGAAAGUA